AUGGGGGCAAAGGGAUACGUCAAAGAGGCACCGGGCAUGCGAGAAGCUAGGCGUCUCGAAGAAUGGUUUGAUUUUGUUUUCGACCGACUCGAGAAUUUUCACAACACUGAGGUGACGAUCUUCACGUUGAUUGGGCGCGACACGCUAGAAAGACGAAAGGCGGAAGAUUUAAACGAAUUUUUUGGAGAUACUAUCUUUCAAUCAUCAUUUGACUCGAGCAAUGGAUUGAAUAUUGAAGCCUUCUUCUCGAUCGAACACAAAACUGUCUUCCUUGUUGUAAAUGGAUUCUCGGACGUCACGCAAAUCAUGAAUGUUUUUAGUGAAACAUCUUCAAAGCCUUUCUUUGAGAAAAUUCAAGAGGCCGAGAAAACUCAACUUCAACUUUUGCUGUUUGUGUCUCUAAUGUCACAUGUUGUUCUCUUCGUUGAGCAGGGUUGUCGAGUCGAUGUUGGAUUGACGAGAACAUUGAAAUUAGUGAACAAAUUGAGGCUUGAGCAUUCGAAUGAGAUUCUCAAACUUUUGCCAGAUGAUUUACUCGACUUGUUACCAAAGUUCGAGAAAGAAGAACGAUUGGCGUUGCCAAGAUUUGCGUUUGCUUUUCACCGGAACACAAUUCGCCAAGAUAUUGGAAAUGUAAAGAGGAGGGAGAUUUUUAAUCAUUUGGAGCAAAAUCUCGAGCAACAAAUAUUCAAUCUCUUGAAAAUAAUGCGCUUGAUUGACACGAAAGACUUGAACUUAUCAUUGGGAUAUCUCCCGGAGAAGGAUCAAUAUGCACAAUUGAUACCAAAUAAGAAUUUGGAUCCUGUCACCAAAGCUUUUUUCAUCCUAAUUGGAGAAAAUGGGGACGAGGAAGAUCUGCAUUCAGAUUCGCACAAACAAACUGUCAUGUGUUCGUAUGUUUCUUCGUUGAUAGAUGAUGCCCGAGCUGAUAAAACAAAUGUUUACGUGAAACCGGCGCUCAUUGAAUUUACAAAGAUGGCUCAAGCACUUCACGAAAUCAUUUUUGCCGAAGAGUCUCUCUUAGAAGAAACUUUAGACAAAUGUGUAACGGUUGAAACAGAUUUUAUAGAAAGUCUUUCAAAGAAGCAUCUUAACGAAGCAAUUAUUCUUUAUUCGGGAAAAGACAAGAGUCGACGUUUGUUAACCAAAAGCGAGCACGAUACGCGGUUUUCGUCAGCUGUUGCCUACUUGGAAAGUAUCGCUGUUAAAAAUCCGGAUGAGAUAAUCACGAAAGUGUCAGAGCACUGUGGGGGAAGAUGGGAGAAAGGAUGUGAGGCAGCUUCAUUAACUGGAGUACUUUGUCAACUUACGGUUCAUUCUUCACCUGGAGACACGACAACGGAUUCUUCUCAAUGGCAGUUACAUUCCUCGGCUGCUCGAUAUGUUUCUGCGUGUGGUUGUGGACAUCGACAAGCAUUACGAGAAGAUCCAUUUUCUUUAAAGGAAGCAAACUACGACUUUUAUUAUCUAAACCCGACAUUCGCUUGUUGUGCGGUAUUGGACACUCAUCAAUUCAAGUUGCUUAACGAAAUGAAGGGUGAUGAAAUGGAAGUCGACGGAGAAGAUGGACAAUGGACUGCUGCUCAACCCGAACCUAGGUUAUUAUUGGGUCGACGAGAAACACGAACGCCCAUAGAGGACGAAUCAGGAAGUGAUGAAGAUGAGGAAGUGAAUGACAAUGACAGCAAGGCUUCUUCUGAACAAGAAAUUACGAUCCCGCGUAAUUCUACAAUUUCACCAAUAGAGCACCCAUCUUCUGAAGAUGAGGAGGACCUCACUAUGAAGCACGUAAAUCUUGAUGAUUCGGAUGAUGCAAUUGUUGUCAACAAAAAACAUGGGGAAAUGGUGAUCGAUUACGAAGAAAAGAGGAUCUCGUUGAAAAGAAAAAAUAUCAAUUUCUGUGAUGGAGUGCCACAUUCGCAUCUUUCGGGUCUUCCGAUAUUUCCAUCGUUUCAACUUACUUGCUUGGGAAGAAGCAAUCUAUACAGCCAUCAAUACGGACUCCGUGAAAUGCCCGGUUUUCGUGCUGGCACGGAUUAUUUACUGCCACUCGAUGUUUCCCUUGAGGUUGAUAGUUCAACUUGGAGUCGAGAUAUGAAUUAUGUGCAAGAAUUGGUCAGUACAAGCGAUCUUGGGCGGUUAAAGUUUAGACGACAACGAUAUGGAAUGAACAUGGAAAAAGUUAAAUUGUUCAUUGGAUUUGAAUACGAAUGUCCACGCGGACACCGAAUGUUCCUUGGUCCAGAUCUUGAGCCAUUGAUGACGGCAAAAGGAUCAGCGAAAGAACUUGUUUCAAAAGAAGCCGCUUCUAAAGUACUUGCGCAAGAUCUGCCUUUGUGGAGGCAAUGUACUUGCAGGAAAGCACCUCAUGUCAACGCUCAAUUGAUGAGAGUGCAUAUUGUGACACCAAAAGCUCCAGUUGUAGUCACAAUAGAUCCGAAGAUUCAGACAAGUUCUAUGGAUCAAGGCCAUUUUCAGACGGGAGAGGAUAUUAUAUUCUCCGCUUGCCAUUCACGUAUUGGGGUAACGAAGGAGCUAUUUUGCCACCGAGAGAUAUUGGUGCUCAUGGAAAAUUUGCGGCCAAUUGCAUCAACG